AUGGUGAACCUGGUGGAGGCGCAGAAGCCGCUGCUGCACUUCCUAAUCAAGUGGGCCGGCCUCCGGCAGCACACCGUCGACGUCGACGGCGCCGGCACCGUGCUCACCUUCUGGGUGCCCAAGGACAAGGUGCCCGGGAACAACUCCACCGUCGCCCCCGCAGAGAAGCAGAGCGAGACGUCCAAAGCCAAAGGAGUGCGCCGGCCAUCCGUGGUGCUCGUGCACGGCUUCGCGGCCGAAGGCAUCGUCACCUGGCAGUUCCAGGUUGGUGCGCUGGCGAAGCACUACGACGUGUACAUCCCGGACCUGCUCUACUUCGGCGGCUCCACGUCGCCGUCGACGGACAGGUCGCCGGCGUUCCAGGCGGAGUGCCUGGCCGCGGCGCUCGGGAAGCUGGGCGUGGACGAGUGCACGGUGGUGGGGUUCAGCUACGGCGGGAUGGUGGCCUUCAAGAUGGCCGAGUCGCGGCCGGACCUCGUCCGCUCGCUGGUCGUGUCGGGCUCCGUCGUCGCCAUGACCGACUCCAUCAGCGACACCACGCUCGAGCGGAUCGGCGUCCGGUCGUCGGCGGAGCUGCUGCUGCCGGAGUCCGUCAAGGGGCUCAAGGCGCUGCUCUCCAUCGCCGCCCACCGUAGGCUCUGGUUCCCGGAGCGCCUUCACAGGGACUUCCUGGAGGUGAUGUUCACCAACCGCAAGGAAAGGGCGGAGCUGCUGGAAGGUCUGGUGGUCAGCAACAAAGACGCCACCGUCCCCGUUUUGCCCCAGAAAAUACUUCUACUCUGGGGACACAACGACAACAUCUUCAACAUCGAGCUCGCAAAGACGAUGAAAGAGCAGCUCGGGGAGAAGACGAUGCUGCAGAGCAUAGACAAGGCCGGGCAUCUCGUGCACCUGGAGAGGCCCUGCGUUUACAACCAGCACCUCAUGGAGUUCUUGGCAUACGCCACUGCUGAAGCUUCCAAGGAAGAAUUGAGGUCCCAUUUGUUGCAGUUUGAUUGA